CGUCUGGAUUUUGAAAACAAGAUGUUAUACACCUUAAGAGUUGAAGCAACCAACGCUCAUCCUGAUCCUCGUUUUCUUCAGCUGGGGCCAUUCAAAGACACGGCUUUGGUCAAAAUUUCUGUGGAAGACAUAGACGAAGCUCCAGUGUUCAGCAGAUCCUGGUAUUUAAUAGAGGCAGAUGAAGAUACCAAGGAAGGAAGCAUUAUUGGGCAGGUUGUAGCCCAAGAUCCGGAUAUAACAAAGAAUGCAAUAAAAUAUUCUGUGGAUCGACACACUGACCUUGACAGAAUAUUCAACAUCUAUUCAGGAAAUGGAUCCUUAUUCAUCUCAAAGCCACUUGACCGGGAAGAAACUCCCUGGCACAACAUCACUGUCAUAGCAACUGAAAUCAAUAAUCCUAAACAAAGUAGCCAGAUACCUGUCUUCAUCCGGAUUUUAGACAUAAAUGAUCAUGCACCAGAAUUUGCCAAAUACUAUGAAACAUUUGUUUGUGAAAAUGCAAAAGCAGGACAGCUGAUACAGACUGUGAGUGCAGUUGACAAAGAUGAGCCUCCUCAAGGACACAAAUUUUUCUUUGAGUUGGUGCCAGAAUUUGCUGUUCAACCAAACUUCUCCAUUGUAGACAACAAAGCAGGAAUUGUGACUAGAAGAAAUGGAUACAGCCGUAGUAAGAUGAGUACUUAUCUCCUGCCAAUCAUAAUAUUUGACAAUGACUACCCGAUCCAGAGCAGCACUGGCACGCUGACCAUUCGAGUGUGUGCCUGUGACACCUGGGGGAACAUGCAGUCCUGCAACACUGAGGCCUUGCUCCUCCCUGCCGGCCUCAGCACGGGGGCACUGGUUGCCAUUCUCCUGUGCAUCGUUAUCCUGCUAGUAUUAGUUGUCUUGUUUACGGCUCUCAAGAGACAGAGGAAGAAAGAACCCUUGAUCAUCUCAAAGGAUGAUGUUCGGGACAACAUUGUGACCUACAAUGAUGAAGGAGGUGGGGAAGAAGACACACAGGCUUUUGACAUUGGCACACUGAGAAAUCCUGAAGCAAGGGAGGAAAGUAAGAUGAGAAGAGAUGUUAUCCCAGAAGCUAUAUUUCAGAUAAGACGGACUGCACCUCUUUGGGAAAACAUUGAUGUCCAAGAUUUCAUUCAUAGAAAGUUAAAGGAAAAUGAUUUAGACCCAGCUGCCCCUCCUUAUGAUUCACUAGCAACAUACGCCUAUGAAGGAAAUGAUUCCAUAGCAAAUUCACUCAGCUCCCUGGAAUCGCUUACCACAGAGGGCAACCAAGACUAUGAUUACCUCAGUGACUGGGGACCUCCGUUUAAAAAACUAGCAGAUAUGUAUGGUGGAGAGGACAGUGAUCGAGACUGAGAAAAUAAUCUGUGACCUGGUCAGUGUAAGUGGAAUUCAUGUCUAUAUUACUAGAUAAAGUGGCCUACUCUCUCUUACUUGGGAAUAAAAAAUUUACAAAAAAUAGGUGUUGUCUUAGUAAGGGUUUGCUUAAUCAAUAAGUCAGCGUGAAUGAAUAUGAAUGAUUUAGAUUUAAAAAAAUCUAUAAUUCAACCUCUCUGCCUAGAAACCUCUGAUGAAAGGUUUUCAUUGACAAUGAAAAGACAAUAAAAGGCUUUUUGUGCCUUUAAUAACAAGAUGGAAACUCAAUUUUUUUUAAUUGUUUUGCAUUACCUUUCCUACUAGCUGGGACAGAGUGCACCCUUAUUGUAACAUAAUCUCAAAAAUAUACUUUAAAAAAGAUUAAUAUUACUGCCAUAUUUAUUGAGUUAAAGAA